GGCCAGCUGAAGUCGUAGGGGGAGAGAGGGUUAAGGGUGGCUGACAUUACAAGCUCUUGUCAGAAAAGUCCCCCCAGCUUGCAAAUUUAUCCAAGGAAAUGCCUCAUUGUGCCUUUGAAGAAACACACGAUAGCAGCCGCAGCGUCGAUGAGAAGCAGUCGAAGAACUCCAUUCUAACUGAAUGGAUUGGCAUGGGGAGAAGCGGACCUCAAAUCACGGCUAAGCGGCAGCUUUGGGACUGUUUAAGCUUCACGAUGGUUUUACUUGCUCUGCUGUUUCGAUCAGCUCAUUGCCAGCAGUGUCGAAUCCAGCGGUGCAACGCAGAGUACGUAGGCUCUACCUCACCCGCCAAUGGUCUUCAGGAAGAAGUGGCUUUAGAUGUGGAUUAUUGCAUCGCCCUACGGGCCUACGCACAAUGCACCCGCCGCCAGGCACGCAGCUGCCGUGGUGACCUGGUCUACCACUCUGCCGUUUUCCGCAUUAAGGAGCUUUUUGCCCAGCACAACUGCUCCAGCGACGGCCCCACCUCCUCUGCCAAGGUGCCCAGCACAUCUAGGCCCGGCGUGUCAGAGCUCUGCGACUACGAGAAUCGGAGCCUUUUGUCGGCCUCAUCGGGUCAGCAGAAGAAAUACGCCCACUGUGGAUUAUUUGGAGACCCGCACCUAAGGACUUUCCGGAACGAGUUUCAGACGUGCAAAGUGGAGGGGGCGUGGCCUCUGAUUGAUAACCGCUUCCUGUCGGUACAGGUGACCAAUGUACCCGUCGUCCUUGGUUCCAGCGCUACAGCAACUAGCAAGAUCACUGUGAUUUUUAAGACGUAUCAAGGUUGCACAGAGCAGAAGGUGUACCAAGCCACAACUGAGGACUUGCCCCUGGCCUUUCAGGAUGGGACUCGAAGUGGCGGUGAGAGCGGCAGUCUGACCAUCAUGGAGAGAGGAGGAGGCGGCGGCGUUGGCUCUGGAGUUGUUCGACAAGUAAAGAUACAGGCCCGCUACAUUGGUACCUCCAUCAUCAUCAGGCGUGUAGGCAUCUACUUGACCUUUGCCAUCCGCAUGCCGGAGGACACCCUGGACUUCUCUGAGGAUAGCGGCGGCCUGCAGCUGUGCCUGCACGGCUGCCCGCGAAAUGAGCUCAUCAAGGAGCACACACUGGGCCGCCAGCAGCCGCGCCUGCAGGCCACAAACACAGAGCUUGGGCCGCUGCGGCCCCCUCACCAGAUCUACACGGUGGAGCGUGCCACAGCCAAGUGUAGAGAGACUCUGCAGGUGGAGGAUCUGUACUUUCAGUCCUGCGUGUUUGACUUGCUGACAACAGGAGACCCAGAGUUCUCUAUGGCAGCCUAUGGCGCUCUGGAGGAUUUAAAGGCGUUGCCGCCCAGUAAACUGAAGCAGAAUUCUCCAAGGACUCCUCCGGUUUUUAACAACGGAGCAACACAGACGCUGUCUGCACCAGCAUUCAACAGCUCCUUGCUGCCACUCCUGUUUCUCAUUCUACUGCUUUUGUAAGAAAAAAAAAGACUCAGAAAUAUAAAGUAGAGAAUGGACAUAAAGAAGACAUGGUGGCAUUACCAGCUUGAGGAAAGAGUGACUAGAACAACAAUUUAUCUUCAUGGGGGAUGAGGACGGUACGAUCAGGGUCUUCCAUUUUUCUUAAUUGAAGGAUCUCCGUUUAAAAAGUUGACAUUUGUGUGGAUUUAUAGCAAUAUUAAAUCAUUUUAAGAAGAAGUGCAACUAACCAAGUGUUAGUUUCACUUGGAAACAAAUUAAUCAUCAAAGCUUCUAUUAAAGUUUAACCCCAGACUUGUCAAACUGACCUUGAAAGUAACAGACAAGGUUUAUUGUAAAUAUUUCAUGUUUCUGAUCAUGUCUGCUCUUCAACACUCUAUUGAAAAGUCACUUCAUUUGUCAGUUUUUGUUUUAUUUUUAUGGAAGAGCGAUGUUGCCUCCAAAUCCCAUUUAAUCCAGUUAUCAGAGUAGCACUUACUGUUUUAGCGGCAAUUGUUGAGAAUUAAAUGGGUUUUUAUGUCUUUAAUCUGUUGAUCCACAAAUUGGCAAACAAAUACACAGGAUCCAACAACUGUACAUG